AUGAAUCGGUUGGCCUCCCGUAAUCGAGGCUCAUCGUUCCAAGGUCAGCUUGAGGCCGUUAUGGAGGUGGACCUUCCUUGCACAAACAUGAAUACGGGAAGCAAAUCUCCACCUACCUCUUCUUUCCGAAUCAAUCCCGUGACCCCUUCGUCGAGAACGGUGGUCGCUGAGAAGAGUGCCAUUUUGAGAAGACUACAAGGUCUUCCCGAAUCUGUUCAGGACGAUAACGACACGGUAAUGUCUUCCGCAACAACUUCUUCCAGGAAGUCGUGGUGGGGACGACGCUCCGGAGCAGGAGUUGUACGUGGCGGUAACGCGAGUUCUGCUGCUAGCGUUAACGCCAGUAUGCGAAACACGAAGAAAUCCAAGCCUGAAAAGCAAAAAGUGGAAGCAGGCAAAGGGUUUCGAAGUCGGUUCAGGCUGCAAGGAGCUCAUAGUUCCCGCGACCCUGCAUCGAGUACCAAGACCAACAAAAAGAAGGCGCCUCAAGUAGACAGCGAUCAACUUGUCAUGGACUUCUUCGAUGUACAAAGUAUUGUAUCGGAACCGCACUUUGCACCGUUCGUAAAGUCGGCACGGACGCGGGAUCCAACCGAAACCCAUUCGGUCACAUCGCAACGAUCAAUUGGGAGCUUUUUCAUGCGCUUCCGCGAACGAAAUAAUCGUGAAGAAGCUAUAUUGGCCACAGAAAUUACGGCUCAUCACGAUGAAGAGGACGAAGUCGAUGAUGAUAUUACCCUCGCUUCCGGGCUGCUGUCAAGUAGCGGCUCAUAUGGUUUUAUACGCGAUGAGGACUAUUCGGAUGGAGACUUUUCGGCAUUUGUCCAACCCGAACCAAAACCCGGACAGCACGACUCGUCUUUGCCAAAAGACCCGAAAGCUUCCCGUCUAGGGCAUUUAUUUGGUCGUAAGAAGAGAUUCCGUAGGCCACGUCGAGGCUCGGGAGAUAGCAGCGCUUCCUCUGUGACUGAUGGCAACGGUAGUCUUGCUAAUGGAGCAGUUGCCACAACUUCCACCAACGCUCUGCAUUCUACAAAGGGUCGUAACAGUAUGCACAGCGGCGGUACCGAUUCUCCUACUGAAUCAGAGGAUCUUGAAAUUGAGGAAGAAGAGUUGGAAAAGCUAUUGGAGAUCUCGAAUCACAUCGCGAGCAAUUCUAACCGUGAAAAUGUGGCUCGUCCUAUUCCCGUUUCCGAAAAGAGACUUACUGCAUUCCUGGCAGCGGCAGAAGCUGCUAGCACCCGACCGUCCGUCUCCAAUACCAUUGCAAACUACGAAAUCGCUCCUCCGCCGGUCCUCAGCAACAAGCAAGAAAGCAAGCAGGCUAAGGAUGGUAUGAAAUUUGCCAAAAGUGCACGAAAAGCAGCAAAGGAAGCUCUUAGCGCAGCAAAAGAAGCAAAGGCGGCCAAAGAAGCGGUGAAUUUCGCAAACGAUGAUGUCUUCAUGCCAAUCAUUGAAGAAAUCGAGGAAGACGCGGAGGAUAUCUCCUCCCAGAUUCUUUGCAAGCAAACACCAGAUCGGUGGUCUCCCUCGCCAACACCUGAUGUCAAUUCUGGAUCUUAUGCACCAAAGCGACCACAUCGACGAAUACCCGAGGGGGAUGUUGGUGCAAACAAGAAUAAGGAUUGGCGCGCUCAAGUGUUCAGCCAUGUCACUUGUUCCAACGACGUUCACUGUGAUGGAGUAGAAGAAGAGAAAGCAACUGAGUCUUGCUCCUUCAUGCCGGACGAGGACGACGACAGUGAGUCGGUAUUUUCGCUGCUUAGUGGUCUCAUGGCAACCUGGGUUGCCGAGCAAGCUCAGGAAGAGUUCAAGCAAGAUGGGAUCGUUCCAUUCCUGCAAUUGCGAAGUUGCCUCAAGCAAGGCGGACCUAUUGACAACGCCCGCCUGUGCUACCGAGUCAGUUUUGCCAAGAUUGAGAUUCGGGAGUACGAACGCACGGUUGGCGAUAAUCCUGCCUGUGGCUCCGGUCCUCCUAUCACCAUUGGAUGGGGUUACGUUCCCGGGGUAGAAGCCAACAUUGAAGAAUACGAAGCCACGAGAGUGCCAAGGACCAAGAAGCAAUACUAUUUGCCACCCGCCAAACGUAUACACUUGCUUACUCAAGAAUGGCAAUGUACCGAAGAGCAAAUUCGAAAAGCCCGACGAGAGGCAACGUACAUCCAAUAUUGCCGUGAGAAGACAGCCUUUUCGAAAGCUGACAAGGAAGCUGCCUUUUUGCGCAAGGCACAGCGACGGCAACCAAUUACCAACAACGCUAGCUGGCCUACAUCAGAUACCAAGCGAGCAGUGUCGGCACCACAGUCACCAGUGCUGCCGGGCAUGAGCCUGGUUUAGAUGAAGAAAGUUUAGUUGGUAGUAGACGGGUCUAAUUGCUGGUUGCACAACCAUUUUUGACGCUGCCCCAAACAUUAGUUGUACUAC